UAUUGGACAUGAAUCCUCGUGUUUUUUACGUACCGUGUGCUGCUCACUCCCUCGAUUUAGUAGUAAAUAACGCCGCUAAAAACUCAUUGGAAGUUACAAACUUUUUCGGUAUUGUCCAAGAAAUCUAUGGAUUUUUUUCAGCAUCUAUAUCACGCUGGGAUGAAAUUAUGAAACGAAUGCCUACUUUGACAUUAAAACUUCUUUCAAAUACGCGUUGGGAAAGUAGAUUUGAUGCUCUUAAAACAUUAUGUUUUAAUAUGGAUAAAAUUUACGAUGCAGUAUACUCUAUUUUUACAAAUAACAAGUAUGAUAGCGAAAAGAAAUAAAACAUUAUAGCGAGUUCAUUAAUAGUCAAAUUAAAAUUCCUAUAUUCAGUAGUUAUAUGGUACAAUGUUUUACAAAUGAUUAAUAUUGUAAGCAAAAAUUUGCAAAAAUCAGACGUAAUUAUUUCAGGGGAUACCAAAAUGAUUCAUCUGGUUAAAAAUGAUUUGGAGCAAUACCGCACUGAUAGCGCGCUUAAACAAUUGUUAUCUGAUGCAAAAAUAAUUGCUGAAGAAUUAGAAUGCGAAACAGAAUUUAAAGAAACGUCCCUGAAAAUAAUAUUUUGGUUACGAGGUAGCAGAUGAGCCCAUUUUAGACCCAACCAACAAAUUUAAUGUAUGUUUUUAGAUUUUUCUACUGGACACUGCUAUCUCGAAAUUAAAUGAGAGAUUCGAUUCGCUAACGGAACACAAUUCAGUU